AGCAUAAACAUAUAAAAUUACCAUCUGAUUAAACAUAUCUCUCGAAAAAGUUAAAGUGCGCUAUAAAAUAUUCAAAUAUUGGUGGCUAAAUAAAUUUGGGAGCGUACCGACUUGCAACUACCAUAGAAACAUACAUCCAAACCAGCUUAUACGCAUUCAAGCAACGCCUUCAAACAAAAGGAAUUUCAUUCWACUUCAAUGUGUCAAAUAGCAAUCAUACGUCAAAUGUAUAUACAUAUUUUUAUAUCUCAUCAAUCAAUUUUCUUCAUAAAUUCUAUAUUCUUUUAUUGUCCAUUUUCUCAAUGUAAUAAAAACAUAUACGAUAAGUGUUGUGUAUAAACUGAUUUUGUAGAAAGUUAAUUCCUCGUCCAUCUUUUAUGACAAAUGAAGUUCAAUAAGCUUUUYUUCGUACAAAUUUUCGGUGAAUUCUGUGCCGCUUCGAUGUGGAUGCAGUUACAUUGUUAUGGCAUUGAUCCAUUAGUUGCCGAAGGUGGCGUAAUGUCGUAUGGUCUCUGUGACGGCUGCGCACUGAUGAUAAUCAUACAGACAUUCGGUUGUGUAUCUGGCGCCUACAUGAAUCCCUGUUUAACAGUUGCCGGCGUCAUUAUGGGAAAACUGAAGUGGGAUUUGGCCAUAUUUUAUGUGAUUAUGCAAUAUUUGGACCUCUAUACUCGGCGGUUGCCUUUUGGAAUUCCUCAUGACUUCAGCAUGGGUGUUGGCUCAGUGCUCUGCCUGGGAUAAGCGCACUCAAGGCAUUCAAGAAUCCAUAUCUUUACGUAUGGGCGCGGUAAUGAUGUCACUGGUACUUU